AGAUGUUACUAAUGUUCCUGAAUCUGAAGAGCAACUUAGAGCUGAUCCAUCUUAUUUUGCAUAUUAUUGGGCUCAUGUUAAUUUGAAUCCUAGGCUUCCUCCACCAUUGGUUUCGGGUGAAAAUCAAAAUAUUUUUCGGAAUAUAAGAAAUACAGGAAAUAAUAGGAAAAUGACUUCUUUUGAUGAUUCUUAUAGUGGCUCAUUGCAAUUGGAUCAUAGUAAUCUUUCUACUCAUAAGGAAGAAUCCGAUGAUGAUGAUGAGAGAUCACCUAAACAGGAAGAUCUUCCUCAACCUAAGUCACCUCAAUACAAUCAAUCUCACUCAUUUACACACAAACCAAAUGAAGAAGAAGAAGAAGAAGAAGAAGAAGAUAACCACAAUGACUCCAACCCUACAACUGCUACAAUUUCAAUUUCAAGUUCAGAAACCGAUGUUUCCACUUUAAGAAACCGAAUAGCAUCUCUCAACAUCUCCAACAUUCCAAAAUUAGAAACUGCGAGAAACCAAGAACAUCAACAUCACCAACAACAAAGAAACAUGUCUCAUGUUCAUGUUCAUGGGGCCCACCCUCAAAUCGUUUCGUUACCUCAAACAUACAUUGGAAUGAAUAUGAAUCAAUUUCUUCAAAAUCCCAUCAAUUUUGUGUCUGAAGUGCAACCGAUUUUACAAUCCUCCGGGUUCACCCCACCAUAUGCCCAAGAUCCAGCAUUUAUUUACCCGAAUGUAAUACCCACGGGUUACUUUCAUGGAUACGGGUUUAACCCAUCACCAUUUUCACCAUAUGCAACCGGAUAUCUUCCUAAUAGCCCUCUUCCAACGCCUUUUAGUGGUCAAAGUCAAACCCCAGGGGUAAAUUUGUCACAUUUUAAUAAUUUUUAUGGACAUCUUGGGGUACCCUUUCAACUUCCGGUUCGUGGGGAGGAUCCGAAAUUACAAUCUUUAGGGUUUGACUCGAGAAGGGUAGGGACAACGGGUUCUUAUUAUUUUGGGAGCCCGGGAAAUUUGGAUUUUUCACAAUUUACGAAUUCGCCCUUUGCAAGUCCGGCAAUUCCGGGGUCUCCGAUUGGUGGGGCUAGUUAUUCUGGUCGGAGGAAUGAAGGGAUGUAUCGGGGGUGGAAGGGUAAUUUGGGAAAUCAGGUUAUUGAUGAUCCGAAAACGUAUUCUUUUCUUGAAGAGUUGAAAUCGGGUAAGGGUAGGAGGUUAGAGCUAUCGGACAUUUUUGGACAUAUUGUUGAGUUCAGUGUUGAUCAACAUGGAAGUCGUUUCAUUCAGCAGAAGUUGGAAAUUUGUAGCAAUGAGGAGAAAGAAUCUGUAUUUAACGAAGUUCUUCCUCAUGCUUCCAAACUAAUGACAGAUGUUUUCGGUAAUUAUGUUAUUCAAAAGUUCUUUGAAUAUGGAAGCUUUGAACAAAGAAGGGAGCUUGGAAACCAACUUGAAGGUCAAAUAUUAUCUUUAAGCCUCCAAAUGUAUGGUUGUCGUGUAAUCCAAAAGGCUCUUGAUGCAAUCGAUCUAGAACAAAAAACAAAGCUUGUCCAUGAACUCAAUGGGCAUGUUUUAAAAUGUGUUCGUGAUCAAAAUGGAAAUCAUGUGAUACAAAAAUGUAUUGAAAGUAUUCCAACCGAUAAAAUCAGGUUUGUGAUCUCAUCUUUUCGUGGUCAAGUUGCAGCCUUGUCAAAACAUCCAUACGGUUGCCGUGUCAUACAGAGGGUACUAGAACACUCUACCGAUGAACUUCACAGCCAAUUUAUAGUGGAUGAAAUUUUGGAAUCGGUUUAUGAUCUUGCACAAGAUCAGUAUGGAAAUUAUGUAACUCAGUAUGUUUUGGAAGGUGGAAAACCGGAGGAAAGAAGUCAAAUUGUACAUAAGUUGGAAGGUCAUAUAAUACAACUAAGUCAACACAAAUUUGCAUCAAAUGUUAUUGAAAAAUGUUUGGAAUAUGGUGACUCGGAUACAAGAGAAAUCAUGAUCCAAGAGAUUGUUGGAUAUGGUGAAGGCAACGAUAAUUUAUUGGUGAUGGUGAAGGACCAAUUUGCAAAUUAUGUGGUACAAAAGGUUCUUCAAACAUGUAGUGGGCCCCAAAGGGAAGUGUUACUUGGUAGGAUUAAAAUCCAUUUGAAUUCAUUGAAGAAGUAUACGUAUGGGAAACAUAUUGUUGCUCGCUUUGAGCAACUCUAUGGUGAAGAAAUUGAGGCGUCGGGUUCAUAA